AUGAAGUUCACAGGUAAUUUUUUGAAAAUCAUGAAAACUGUUAUUUCUUCACCUAAUGCUCCAGCAGCUCUUGGACCAUACAGUCAAGCUGUUCGUGUCGGUAAUACUAUUUACCUUUCUGGUUCUCUUGGACUUGUUCCAUCAACUGGAGCUUUUAUAAGUGAUGAUGUUGAAGGUCAAACAAAGCAAGCUAUGAUUAAUAUUGGAGAGGUACUUAAAGCUGCUGGAUGUACUUAUGACAACAUUGUAAAAAGUACUGUCCUCCUUGCUGAUAUCAAUGAUUUCCAGAAAAUGAAUGAAGUUUAUAAAACUUUCUUCACUAAAGAUUUCCCAGCUCGUUCUGCUUUUCAAGUAGCCAAUCUUCCCAAGGCAGCUCGUGUCGAAAUUGAGGUUAUUGCUCAUACUGAUUAG